CCGUUUGAUUCUGACAUGUACUUCACUAAAUACAAUUUGAACCUUUUCCACGCCAUUAAACCUGAUUUGUUCCAGUUUAUAACCCCCCCCCCCCCCCCUCACCACCUCCGCUCAUCAGACUUUCCAAAUAAAACGGAUCCAGCUGUGUGCGGCUGUGCGCCUCCGUGCGUCACACUGCUCCGCUGCUCGGUAGACUGGCAGACCGACCGAGACAGAGAGACAGAGAGAAGGAAAGAUGUCCGGUAUCAUGCUGCUGCUUGUUGCUCUGACUCUGUGCCUGUGGAGGACCGACGGUUCGGACCGGAGCGGCUCGGACCGGAGCGGCUCGGUGAUCCUGCGGGACGUCCUGGAGAGAGGCCCGGCCAGUCUGACCGACAUGUUCCGAGAGGUGGAGGAGCUGAUGGAGGACACCCAGCACAUACUGGAGGAGGCUGUGGACCAGCAGUGGAAACAAUCGGUGUCAGUCCCAUCACGUUUAUUUGUUUUGGCAGACAGCUUCAUGUUGACUACCAGACUGAGAUAACUACUGAGAGUGCUAAAUCAUCUUUAACGUCGCUGGAUCUGCGUACUACUAACUACCACAAUGAGACAAAGAAGAUGACACCGGACGGAGACGGAGCGGUUCAGGUCCUGGAUAGAGCUGACAAGGAGACAAAUAAUAAAACAGGAGAGAUUCAUCUUUCACACAUCCACGUGGAGGUUUCUGGUAACUGGAACAGUGCGGAUCACGAAUGCAUGGUGGAUGAGGACUGUGGUGACCUGAAAUACUGCCUGUAUGAGAUUGAGGACUCCAAGUGCCUCCCCUGCAUACCAACGGAUAUGCCCUGCACUAAGGAUGAGGAGUGUUGCUCAGAUCAGAUGUGUGUGUGGGGCCAGUGUACAGUCAACGCCACCAGAGGAACAGAGGGAACUAUCUGUCAGGGUCAGAGUGACUGCAGGACGGACCUCUGCUGUGCCUUUCAACGAGAGCUGUUGUUUCCAGUGUGUAAUCCCAAACCAGAGAAGGGAGAGUCCUGUCUGAGCCACCCCAACCUGCUGAUGGACAUGCUGGCCUGGGACCAGGAGGGUCCCCGAGACCACUGCCCCUGUGCUGAUGACCUCCAGUGCCAACCUCAAGGACGUGGAUCUGUUUGUGGAGAGUAGUCCUGGAGAUGGAGAAAGAAAGAGGAAGUUAUACAUAACCCCGUCCAGGAGCUACACUAACAUCCUUACUGAGCAUUGACCAAAGAACGACCCGUCUGCUGAUCAACAGUUUAUAAAAGAAUAUCGUGUUGUUUCAGGACAAGACUUGCACUGUAUUAUUUAUGCCUUAUUAUGACCAAUGCCUACUAUCAUGCACCAAAUAAAAGACUUGUUUUUAAGUUUGACUGAGAACCAAGAAAA